AUGACUGUCAACAAUGGUACCAAUCAAACUUGCGAUCCGCCAUAUCCCAUCCCCAAGGGCCUUCGCAUAAUCCCACUGGACCAGCUCGAUCUUCGGUCAGACGCUGAAGUGGACGCGACCAUCAAGUCAGCCCCGCCAGUCACAUCCACAAAAAAUCUCUGGUUCUUUUGGAACUCAGGCUACGACAAUUUACACCCAUACGCCAAGCGUACUGUCCGCACCUGGCACCGUCGGUUCUCCAGGCAGGGUUGGACAAUACGAGUUAUGGACCUAGAGCCUAAGUCAUCUGGAUAUAUUGGGAACUGGAUCGACAUAAGAAAUCCAAAGAACGUGCCCAUGGCCUUCGUCAAUGGUGUCCUGGACGGGGAGUUUGCCACCCAACACUACUCCGAUCUCGUUCGCUUCCCCCUACUGCUCAAGUAUGGCGGAAUCUACACGGACGUAGGGUUUAUGCAGAUUGGCGACCUCGAUAGGUUAUGGGAAGAAACUAUCGCCAACCCACACAGUCCGUUUGAAGUAUUGUCUUACAAUGCCGGUGGUCCCCGAGACUACAGUCUCCUAAACUACUUCAUGGGAAGUCUUCCCGGAAACAAGUUCUGGCAAGCAUGUCAUCAUCUUCUCUUGAGACUGUGGGAGGAAAAAACGAAUACGGAGGGUCUGCACAGCCAUCGACUUCUCGAAGGGCUGCCCUUGAUGGGAGAAUCGUUCAGCAAAUCGGGAGACACGAGUUUGAGCGAAAGAUUGACAGACUACAUCAUCCAAGGACAAGCGAUUACGAUGGUUAUGAGUACAGUCGACGAAGAGAGAGGUUGGAACGGCCCUGCAUAUGUCACAGAGAAGAUAUUUGCGCCGGAUUACAUGGUUGGGAGUCAGUUAAUCAACGAGUAUACGAACUGGAACGGAGUCCAGGCUUUCAAUCUCAUGAGCCUAAAGGUGGCGCGGCUUGGAGAGCCAGAGUCGGACGAUCAAAAACUGGCACGGGAAAUCGUGGAAGAUUGUCUUACGAGAAGCUUUGGAUUUAAACUAGCACACGGCUUGAUUGUUCAAGUACUCGGUCCUACGUUGGGAAGCUUAUGGAGGAAAAAUGAAGGCAGCGAUGUGGUGGAAGGAACGUACGCCCACUGGUUGAGGUAUGGCAUGGAGAGAUGGUGCCCAGACCAUUUGCCACAAAGGGAAGAUUACGAGUUACUGGAACCUGUAAAAGUUGGUUCUUUGUUAAGAGAGGAAUAG